GUACUCCCCCCGAUAUCCCAAAUACAGUUAGAGUAUCGGACGGAUUCCACAACGGAAGCAUGACUUUAUAUUCAUGUUUGCCAGGAUUUUCCUCUAAUAAUGAAUACCCAAAUACUACAUGUAAUGGAACCCAUUGGAAUAAUGUACUAUUUGCUUGUUCAGUUCCAGAAGGUACAUGUGGUCUUCCACACACAAUACCAAAUGCAUACUAUACAACUGACAACAACACGGCAACAUAUCAAUGUUACCAUGGCUUCACAGGAAAUCAAACAAACACAACCAUCAGAUGCGUGAACUCACAAUGGGAAGCUAUUGCACUCGGUUGCUUCAAUUUUUCCUGUGGUCACCCUCCAGAAAUUCAAAAUUCCGUUAAAGUGUCUGACGGGUUCCACAAUGGCAGCGUGACUUUAUAUUCAUGUUUGCCAGGAUUUUCACCAAAUAAUGAAUACCCAAACACAACAUGUAAUGGAACUCGUUGGACGGAUGCACAGUUUGCUUGUUCAGGUCAAGCUUGCUCUUCUCCACCUGAUAUUCCCAACGCACUCAAAACAUCAAAUGGAUUUAUUAACGGAAGUUCAACGUCAUACACAUGUAUGCCUGGAUACAUUGACAAUGGUGCCAAUCCAACAAUUUCAUGCAAUGGAACACAUUGGACAGGAACUUUGUUUUCCUGUUCAGAAGAUGGUAAUCUAACAUCAAAUGAUUCAGCAUUAGCAUAUGCAUUGGAGGGACUGAAAAUCCCAAGGAAAAUGACAACAACCUAUAGCAGGAGUUUGAACUGUGCGAGUGAUUCUCGGCCUAGUGUUCAAGCAAUUGGUGCCAUGGGACUGAGUAUUAUUACUCUAUUUGUGGGACUAAUAAUUCUAGCAGAUUGUGUAUCUUUCUAUCAAAAAAGGAGAUUUUAAAUGUCAAGGAAAGCCAAAAUUAACAAUAAUUAAUAUUUAUUUAUAAUUAUU